AUGCGAGCCGCCGCGCUGCUGCUGGCCCUCCGCACGCUCUGGGCGCUGGCGUUUUCCUCCCUCUCCAACACGCUGGCGGUGAACAACAGCGGGCGAUGGUGGGGCAUCAUCAACGUGGCCUCCUCCACCAACCUGCUGACGGACUCCAAGAACGUGCAGCUGGUGCUGGACCCCAGCCUGCAGCUGCUGAGCCGCAAGCAGCGCAAGCUGAUCCGCCAGAACCCCGGCAUCCUGCACAGCGUCAGCUCCGGCCUCCAGACCGCCAUCAAGGAGUGCAAGUGGCAGUUCCGCAACCGCCGCUGGAACUGCCCCACCUCCCAGGGCCCCAACAUCUUCGGCAAAAUCGUCAACCGGGGCUGCCGGGAGACGGCGUUCAUCUUCGCCAUCACCAGCGCCGGCGUGACGCACUCGGUGGCCCGCUCCUGCUCGGAGGGCUCCAUUGAGUCGUGCACCUGCGAUUACCGGCGCCGUGGCCCCGGGGGGCCCGACUGGCACUGGGGUGGCUGCAGUGACAACAUUGACUUCGGGCGGCUCUUCGGGAGGGAGUUUGUGGACUCCAGCGAGAAGGGCCGCGACCUGCGCUUCCUCAUGAACCUGCACAACAACGAGGCCGGGCGCAUGACAGUCUUCUCCGAGAUGCGCCAGGAGUGCAAGUGCCACGGCAUGUCGGGCUCGUGCACCGUGCGCACGUGCUGGAUGCGGCUGCCCACCUUCCGCGCCGUGGGCGACGUCCUCAAGGACCGCUUCGACGGCGCCUCGCGGGUCAUCUACGGCAACAAGGGCAGCAACCGGGCCUCGCGGGUGGAGCUGCACCACCUGGAGCCCGAGAACCCGGCGCACAAGCCGCCCUCGCCCCACGACCUCGUCUACUUCGAGAAGUCGCCCAACUUCUGCACCUACAGCGGCAAGAUGGGGACGGCGGGCACGGCCGGGCGCUUCUGCAACAGCUCCUCGCCGGGGCUGGACGGGUGCGAGCUGCUGUGCUGCGGGCGCGGGUACCGCACGCGGACCCAGCGAGUCACCGAGCGCUGCAACUGCACCUUCCACUGGUGCUGCCACGUCAGCUGCCUGAACUGCACCAACACCCAGGUGCUGCACGAGUGCCUGUGA